AUGGCCGAAUCAGACGCAGACAAGAUCCGCAACAAGCGCCUUGCCAAACUCGGAGGUGGCUCAGGACCAUCAUCGCCAGCGCCAUCAUCUUCUAGUGUCGAGCCUCCGCCAGCCUCACCUUCGCCUGCAUCACAGGCACAAGACAAGUCAGCAGGUGAGCCUGCGGGCAACCCUUUCGCCCAACUUGGUGUCAAGAACGAGAACAAGCCGCCAACCAAGAUCAACAUCACACCUUCUGCUGCUCAGAAGCGCCCCAGCGAAGACUCGCCGCUCCCGAGAUCACGUCCGCAAGCCUCAGAAUCGCUCGAGAUAUGGGAGGAUCGUCAACUCAGUCAGAUCUUCCGUCUGUCGCUCAAGCCCGAAGUCGUCCGAGACGGAUCAUCGCAGCCUCUAUACUAUAUCGAGAGUGUGCGAGGAGAUCUGAUCGAACAGAAUGAGCCCCUCCAGCUCAAGACGAGCCUGCUGGACCAGGCCCUGCCUGAAGCCGCUGGCCUGCUGAAUAACAUUACACCGCUGGACUAUCUCCUGGCAUGCUGGAAGCGCAUCUCCAAGGCUUGUCGAAACAUGAGGAGUACAGACACCGAGAAUCCUAGAUUCAAGGUCUUGAUGGAGGCCAGACGGCUUUGUAUGAGCUACUGCAUCUUUGCAAUCACCAUGCCCGAGAUGUUCGGUUUUGAGACGCCACCCGAGAAUGCUCUAGCCAAGCACCUGCUCGCUGAACCUCAAAGCGACUCGGGCAUCGAUCACGACUUCCUCAACGAAGCUGUCUCGCGUUUCGAAGAGGACGAGUCAAUCAAGGAUGCCUUGAUCGGCGCUGUGGAGCAACUCAGCAGACAGCUGGCCGUAAUGUCUAUGAACGACAUCGAAUACAAAUACUACUUGACCGCCCUGCGAAACUUGAUUCGCUACCCAAAAAUCGUAGAGGCCAUCACACAGUCACCCGCUUUCUUGCCUGCCGGAGUUGCAGCACAGGACAUCGAGAUGGUUACCAUUCUGGGUCCCUUCUUCCGUCUCUCGCCGCUUCAGAACGGCGUUGCGCAAAGCUUCUUCACCACUCCUAGGUCAAAAGACAGAGCAUACAUCGUCAAUGCCCAACGUUCCCUCCGCAUGACACUCAACACGCAUCAAGAAGAGCUAUUUGACCUUGCUAACAUGAUCGUCAAAUCUGGAAAAGAGCCUCGCGAGAGGCUGCUAGAUUGGUUUGCUCACUGCAUGAACACCAACCACAAGCGCCGUGCUAUGAGAGUAGACGAGAAGACAACUUCAUCGGAUGGCUUCAUGAUCAACAUCACAAACUGUCUUGAUCGACUUUGUGAUCCCUUCAUGGACGCUACCUUCAGCAAGAUCGACCGCAUUGAUGUCAAUUAUCUGAGAAGAAACCCUAGGGUUGACAUCUCGGACGAGACCAAAAUGAAUGCCGACCAAAAGACCUCCGAUGCCUUCUACGAACAGAAGGUCGAAGGUACCAACAACUUCAUCUCUGAGAUCUUCUUCCUCACGGUGGCUGCUCAUCACUACGGUCCAGAGGCAGCCAGCACUAGAAUGGAACAGCUGCAGAAGCAAGUAAAGCAUAUGGAGAAGGAGCUUGAGAGGUUCGAAGCGGACAGGCAUAAGUACGCCCACGAUGCUAGAUAUGCCACUCGCUUCGAGCAACACCUACAGAAGUUCAGAAACGAUCUUGACAGGAUGCACAGCACGAUCCAUGCGACGACUGGUGUUCUACUUGAUGAAGUCUCUCAAGCAAGAUCAAUGCAGUUCAUGAGAUACGUGAUCGUCUGGCUUCUCGGUUUGGCAUCGGGACAGAAACUUCCUAAGGAGAAGUUGCGCCUACCCCUGCCUCAAGAGCAACCAGAGGUAUUCAAGUGCCUUCCUGAAUACUUCCUUGAGGAUGUAGUGGAUAACUUCAAGUUUAUCACACGCAAUAUUCCUCACAUCAUCACUUCCACUCAAUGCGAAGAGCUCGCAACCGUAUGCAUCACCUUCUUGCGUAACACCAACUACAUCAAGAACCCUUAUAUGAAGGCUGGAUUGGUCACCAUUCUCUUCCACGGCGUGUGGCCUUUCGGAAGCAAUUCAAAGGGUGUUCUUGGUGACCUCCUCAACGGUUCAGAAUUCUGUCAAAAGCAUCUAUUGCAUGCACUCAUGCAAUUUUACAUCGAGUGUGAAAGCACCGGAACGCAUACAGCUUUCUACGACAAGUUCAACAUCAGAUACGAAAUUUUCCAAGUCUUCAAGAGUGUCUGGGGAAAUGUUGUUUACAGAGAGAGUCUUGGAAAAGAGGCAGAAGUCAACACCGAGUUCUUCAUUCGCUUCGUCAACCUCUUGCUCAACGACGUGACAUAUGUGCUAGAUGAGGUAUUUGGCUCUUUCACCAAGAUUCAUGAUUUGCAAGAAGAACUCAAGGCUCCCGGAGCCGAUAACAUGGAGCAGGAAUUACGACAAGAAAAGGAAGAAGCUCUAUCUGAGCAGCAAGGCCGAGCCAAAUCUUACAUGGGCUUGACCAAGGAAACUGUGGCCAUGCUCACGCUAUUCACAGACGCUCUGGCUGGCGCUUUCACCAUGCCAGAGAUUGUACAACGUCUCGCAGACAUGCUUGAUUACAACCUCGAAACAAUGGUGGGACCAAGAAGACGCAAUCUCAAGGUCGAACAACCCGAGCAAUACGGUUUCAAGCCUCGUGAAUUGUUAUCGGAUUUGGUUGAUGUUUAUCUCAACCUUUCAGGCCGCGAAAACUUCCGUCAAGCGAUUGCACGUGAUGGUCGUUCUUACAAACCUUCAAACUUCGCACAGGCAGUGCAGCUCAUGGAGAACUUUGCUCUCAAGUCUCCUGAGCAGAUCAAGCAGUUCAUCGCUUUGACCGACGCUGUUGCAAUCGUGCACGCCCAGGAGAUCAUGGCCGAAGAGGAUCUUGGCGAGAUUCCGGAUGAGCUUCUUGAUCCUAUCAUGGGCUCGUUGAUGGAAGACCCUGUGCUGUUACCAAGCAGUAGACAGAUUGUCGACCGCAGCACCAUCCGCUCGCAUUUGCUCUCUGAUGCCACCGAUCCUUUCAAUCGUGUUCCUCUGGCUAUCGAGGAUGUUGUGCCAGCUGAAGAAAAGAAGAAGGAGAUUAUGGAGUUUGUUGAGAUGAAGAGAAAGGAGAAGGCUGCAACUACUUCUGGAGACCCGAUGGAUACCAGUGCGUGA